UUUUGAACAAACAGAACAUGGGACUUUAUUUCUUUUUACUUUUGGUGGCUUCGACGAUGGUGCAUUCUCAGACGAACAAUUGUGCUUGCAUACAAGUCUUCGAUCCUGUUUGUGGGAUUAACGGCAGGACGUAUUCUAACUCAGCCUGUGCAGGAUGUGCAGGUGUUGCCGUGCAGUGUCGGGGUGAGUGCCCUUGUAGAACCACAGGAAAUUGUGCCUGUGGCUUUAUCUAUGACCCAGUGUGCGGAUUCAAUGGUAGAACUUACAGCAACAGUUGUGUCGCGCGGUGCAGAGGUGUUGCCGUGCGGUGUCGGGGUGAGUGCCCUUGUAGAACCACAGGGAAUUGUGCCUGUGGCUUUAUCUACAUGUAUGACCCAGUGUGCGGAUUCAAUGGUAGAACAUACAGCAACAGUUAUGUACGCACGGUGCAGUGGAAUCUUUUUCUAUUGGCGAGGACGUUGUCCAUGGUAACCUGA